CUGUAAACAACAUUGAUUAUUGUUUUUAUUGGGAAAUCUGCGUAUUAAAUUUUAUAUACUUAGUGUGAUUGGGUGGUUAAUUCGAAAUGGCAGAUUUUAUGCUAUUAAUUUUUAAUGUUAUCAACAAUGAAGAAAGGAUUAGAAUGAAUUUAAACAGAAGACAACUUCGUGAUAUGAGUGAUCCAUUUUCGCUUACUGAAGAAACCUUCAAAGGAAUUUAUAGAUUGUCCCGGCAGCUGACUCGUGAUUUGAUGACAGACUUAUCACCCUUUCUGCAGGAUAAUGAAAGAGUUUUGGGCAUUCCUAAACAUUUAAAAAUUUUGGCCACAUUAAAUUUUUUGGCUCAAGGGUCUUAUCAGAAGGCUGUUGGACAGGACUUCUUCUGUCCAAUGAGCCAAAAGUCUGUAAGUCGAUGUGUAGAGGAAGUAACAGGUGCUUUAGUUGAACAUUUUCCACAUUUUGUGCAUUUUCCUUCAACAGCAGCUGAAAAAACGCAAGAAAAACAAUUAUUUAUGACCGUGCCGCAUGGAUUUCCAGGAAUCAUUGGAGCGGUUGACUGUACCCAUGUUGCUAUAAUAUCUCCCCCAGUUGAAGAUCCUCAAUAUCCUGCCAUAGUGUUUUUGAAUAGAAAGGGAUAUUACAGCAUUAAUGUACAAAUAAUUUGUAAUGCACGUUUAAAAAUUCUGGCAAUCAAUGCAAGAUUCCCGGGAUCCGUUCAUGAUGCUGGCAUUUGGACAACAAGUAUUGUUAAGAACCUUUUGCAUACUUCUUAUGAGAAUGGAGAUUCAUCGUCAUGGUUGAUAGGAGAUGCUGGUUAUCCUUUAGAACCAUGGCUCAUGACUCCUGUCUCAGGUCACAACCUAACUGAGCCAGAAAGGCGGUAUAAUGUAGCACAUAAAAGUAUUCGAAAUGUAAUCGAACGGCUAAAUGGUGUUCUGAAGACACGCUUUAGGUGCUUAUCAAAGCAUAGAGUAUUACAUUACAAUCCAGCGAAAUGUGCCAAACUUAUAUAUGCAUGUGCUAUACUCCAUAACAUGUGCAUACAUAAUGGUGAGAUUGAUAUCGAUAUUGAUCAUAAUGAUGAAGAGGACAAUAAUGAUGAACCUCGAAAUGCAGAGAAUGAUCAUAAUAAUUUACGUGAGGGAAGAAUCAUUCGAAACAGAAUUAUUCGAGAUUAUUUUCAAUAGUAUAAUUCUCAAAAUUUUGCCUUACAUAAUAGAUAGCAGUCUCUUUACUGCUGCCAGAAACUCCUCUAAGGAUUGUAAUAAAAUGUGCAAUGUUAAUGUCAUUCUUUUGUUGUUUUUGAUGUAUUCCUCUACAGUUCUUAAUACAUUCUUACUCAACCGA